GUUCGCUUUGAAGGCGUAAGAGGGGCUAGCUUUAGAAGUGACAUGGCGAUUGAUGGUAUCAACAUACAGUCUGGUCCCUGCUUAUGUCGACCUGAGCAGUUCCAGUGUAACAAUUCACAGUGUGUACCACUAUCAGCAAAGUGUAAUGCACACUAUGACUGUCUGGAUGGGAGCGAUGAAACUAACUGCAAUCUAGACGAUGCCUGGAGCUGUGACUUUGAUGAAGAUAAAUGUAACUCCAGAACAACUGCUCCGGGAAGUUUUCAAUGGAUUCGGCAUUCCCAUAGUACCCCAACAUCAUCAACAGGACCAUCAGCAGACCAUACGGAUGGAUCUGCCUGUCGACCUGACGAGUUCCGGUGCAACAAUUCGCAGUGUGUACCACUCUCAUCGAGGUGCAAUGACCACCCUGACUGUUUGGAUUGGAGCGACGAGGAAAAUUGCACAACCGACUUUAUUACAUGGGAGCCGUUCAACUUUACCUACGACAACAAUUGCACCAGCUGUGACGGCGAGCGUUUUGUAAGGCCAACCAGCUACACCUACGAGGGUCGGACCCUCUAUGUCGGUGUUGUGUUGUGCUCGCCUACUCAGUACAAGAUAUUUCUGAGCGACAGCAUCAACGGAACGUUCCGGAAUAUUGGCGACCGUGCAGGACACGGUCAAGACCAUUGUGAGCUUGUUGGAGCUUCAUCAGAUCCUCCUUCAUCGUCACUCGAUCCAGAUUAUCGUACCUGCAGUGGAGUUGGUUAUUGGCGCUAUUCUCGCCGAAGCCGUUUUCACUUUGGAGCUAUCGGUGGAUACCCCAGACAGUACGGACGCUGGUACAGGUGUGGCGUUACCAUCCCUGAAGGCCGAUACGAGGGCGAUUUCAACUGUGACUUCGGUACAGAUCAGUGUAACGCCGUAGUAACUUCUACAGAAGGAAUUUUCGGCAGAAGUUUUCGGUGGAUUCGACACUCUGGUAGUACGCCGUCCUCGUCAACAGGACCAUCUACUGAUGCGGAUGGAUCCGGUUUUUAUAUCUACACGGAUGCACGUUAUCCCUAUUCUAAUGCGACUGCCAAUCUGACGUUGCCUAUCAUUCGCUCUGGGGGUCAGCACUGCCUGCGGUGGAUCUACCACAUGUAUGGAUCGGACAUGGGGACACUGAAAGUCUAUGUCAUCCAACCUGAGUAUCCUGACAUGUUAGUGUCAAAAAGGUUCGCUUUGAAGGCGUAA